AUGAAGUAAAAGGGCGAGAGAGGCGCUACCGAAUAUUUAGAAAGAGAAAAAAUAAUGCUGGGUGGAAGCUGGAAAAAAAUAAAUAAGCAGAUGAGGCCUCGUGGAUAGAAUGUGAACUGUCUGCAUUUAUGAAGGAGAAAUAAAGAGACAGUAUUGGUAUUUUUUAUUUAUUUUUUAUUUUUUACCUGCAAUGCAGUGCCAGACUGCUCCAGCCAAUCAGAACGCAAGACAGGGAAAGAAAGGGGCGGGCUUUGAGGGCUGACGCCAGCAGAGCAUGGCAAACGGAGACAGAAAAUGUGAUUAUGAAAGUGAGAGAGCGAGAAAGAUGUUUGUGUAAGUGUGUGACAGGGAAGCGGGGGAGAGUGAGAGAGAGAGAGAGAGAGAGUCUGUUCUUGUUGGCAUAUCUCGGUGUGCAGAGUGCACAAGCUGCAGCCUCUGGUUCAUGGCUUUGGCUCUCACCUGCGAGCCUUGGCCACCACCGUCUCUCAUGGGCAUCCGAGCGUCCUGUAGACCUGAUCCCCACCCGAGGGGAGCUGCCCAGCCUGACUCAGCUCUGCAGGAGCAAGAGGAGGAGAUAUUGGGCUCUGACGAUGAAGAGCAGGAAGAUCCCAAUGACUACUGUAAAGGCGGAUAUCACCACGUGAAGAUCGGUGACCUGUUCAACGGCCGGUACCAUGUGAUCCGCAAACUGGGCUGGGGGCAUUUCUCCACUGUGUGGUUGGCAUGGGAUAUCCAAGGAAAGCGCUUUGUGGCUAUGAAGGUAGUGAAGAGUGCAGAGCAUUACACUGAAACAGCCCUGGAUGAGAUCAAGCUCCUGCGCGCGGUGCGAACCUCGGACCCAAACGACCCCAGCGGAGAGAAAGUAGUGCAGCUGCUGGACGACUUCAAGGUCUCAGGUGUCAACGGCACUCACGUGUGCAUGGUUUUCGAGGUCCUCGGUCACCAUUUACUCAAGUGGAUCAUCAAGUCCAACUACCAGGGUUUGCCCUUACCCUGUGUUAAAAGCAUCAUCCGGCAGGUUUUGCAAGGUCUAGACUAUCUGCACACAAAAUGCAAAAUCAUCCACACAGACAUAAAGCCAGAGAAUAUCUUAAUGACCGUCGAUGAGUCAUACAUCAGGAAGCUGGCGGCCGAGGCCACCGAGUGGCAGAAAUCUGGAGCUCCUCCACCAUCCGGCUCAGCAGUAAGCACAGCUCCAGCUCCAAAGCAGAUGGCCAAAAUGUCUAAAAACAAGAAGAAGAAACUAAAGAAGAAGCAGAAGCGGCAGGCCGAGCUGCUUGAGAAACGCAUUCUGGACAUCGAAGGACUAGAGAAAGGAAACGAAGGGGGCGAGGAGGAGGAGGACGAGGAAACGGAAACACCUGACACGACUCCGUCACUACCCAACAGUCAGACCCUGCAGGAAAUCACAGCCGAGACCACCCUGGUAGACGGAGUUCCCGAACCCUGGUCCCAGCACAGAGAAUGCUCCUUGGACGUAAACUUCACUGGCCAGCACCCCGAGGACGAGAAGCCUGCUGACGUGCAGCAGCAAGACAAGGACGAAACUCCCAUCAACCCUUACGGGAAUGUCCCAGAGGAGGCGGAGACCCAGCCCGUUAACCCCUACCCAGUGUGCAACGGGACGACGCCCUGCGAUCCAGGCUGUCCUGAUGGUAAUGGACCUUUGCUUUGUGACGCGUUUGAGUCGCAGCAGAAACAGCAGGCGUUGGACACAAAGAAGCUGAGCACUUGUAACGCAGGGAGAGGUUUUGAGAUGGCGUCGAGAGCCAACAAGGAGGCGGAGCCCAGCUCACAGGCAGGCCCUGACGUAGAUGACGUUAAGCUCGCUGCAGGGAACCUCCUGGUGAACCCGCUGGAACCCCUGAACGCUGACAAGAUCCAGGUGAAAAUCGCUGACCUGGGCAACGCCUGUUGGGUGCACAAACACUUCACGGAUGACAUUCAGACACGGCAGUAUCGUUCUCUGGAGGUGCUAAUCGGUUCAGGCUACAGCACACCAGCAGACAUCUGGAGCACAGCAUGCAUGGCAUUUGAAUUGGUGACAGGGGAUUACCUGUUUGAACCUCAUUCCGGAGAUGAUUACUCUAGAGAUGAAGAUCACAUUGCACUGAUCAUUGAACUGUUGGGCAAAAUUCCUCGCAAACUCAUCAUCAACGGCAAAUAUUCAAAGGACUUCUUCACUAAGAAAGGUGACCUCAGGCACAUCACUAAGCUGAAGCCCUGGGGGCUUCUGGACGUCCUGGUGGAGAAGUACGAGUGGCAGAAAGAGGAGGCGCAGAGUUUCAGCAGCUUUCUCAUCCCCAUGCUGGAUCUGAUUCCUGAGAAAAGAGCUACGGCUGCUGAGUGCCUCCGCCACGCCUGGCUAGCAUCGUAGUAGCCCCGGAGGAAGGGGAACACACAAAACAAACACACAAACAAACACAUACACACACAGAUACUUGCCUCUAAUAAGGCCUAACAGUCUGGUCAAACGGCACACUUCUGUUCAUGAUGGAACAUGAAAGGGUCCAAUCAAAUAGAUACCUAUUUAUUUCUUGUAAUGUCCCUUUUCUUAUGUACCGGGUGCAGUUUUAAUGUUUUUUGAUUAUUAUUUUUUUUCUCUUUCUUGUGCGUGUGCUGACAGCGUCUAACAACAUGCUUUGUUUUGUUUGAAGGGUAAAAUAGCAGUUUAACAAUACGAGUUAAAAAAUAAUAAUAAAUUCUGUGUAUUUGCUUUAGUCCUAAUCAGUGUUUUUAACAGCCAGCCAGCCAGCCAGCCAUGCUCAACCUGCAAUACUGAAGAAAAGCACAGGUGUCCUGUCUCUGCUGUAAAAAAAGGUUGCUUAAUUUUUCUGUUUUUCUUUCUUUUUCUUUUUCUUUUUUUCUAGAUAGUUUUCCCCAUUACAGCACAGGCUGCAUGAGACAUACGAAUGGUUUACUGUAUGCUGAGAACGAUGGCCUGGCUGUAAAUGGACAUUUAUAUUGUAAAUUAUGAUGUGAAUUUGCAGCUUAAUGAUUUCCAACUAAGCGUGUAUCACUUUGUCAUAUGUAACUUUAAAAAAAAAAAAAAAAAAAGGAGAAAGAUGUUAAAGAAAAAAUAUAACAGUAACACAAAAGCGCACAACUUUGGAACGUUUCGAACUGUCGGUGUGUUUAAAAAGCAAAACAAAAAAAAAACAGUUUCACUUGUACAGCGUGGAAAAGGUGAACGUCGUCUUGCGUUGUUUUGUACAUACAUGUACCAAAGAGUUGGCGCUCUCCUUCAGUGUCAGUAUUGUUGCGUUCAUGCAUUGCUUUCCUCAACGGCUUGAUGGCAAUGUUUGAGAAACCAAUACAAAGAUGCCUUGAUAAACGCUUCUCUGGGUUUCCGGGAUUCUCUCACUGAUGAUGUUCAAAGCAGGACCGGACCGGUGUGAUCUCUUUUUUUUUUUUAAAUGUGUAAAUGAACGUAGGGUAAUUUUAUUGUGAAGGACCUGGACCUCUGCUUGCUCUUCUUUUGUAUUGAAAGACUUUUACUGUUGGCCUUUUCCAGUUUCCACAAGCACGUCCGUUUCUCUCUUCUUUUUUUUCCCUCUCAGCCGCUAUUGCUUUCUAUUGUUCGCCGCUUCAGUAAAAUCCUUUCUGUAGUUGUUAUGAAUAAAGACUUUAAAGUCACA